AGCCUAAAUACAAGAGAAAACCUGAAUCAGAUCUCUGCUGAAUCUGACCCCAAGUGAAAAAAAAGCUCCAAACCUGGAAUGAUGGGGACCCUCACCAUUGUAUUUGUUCUGCUGCUGCUUACUGGCACUACAAUGUCAAAGGAAUUAGGAACCCAGUGUUACUCUCUGACAUACCAGGACAUGGCUCUGUCACAUCCUAGGCCAGAACAAUUCAGCUUCACAAACACGGGCUACCUCAAUGGUCAAUCCUUCUACCGAUAUGACAGCAAAAGCCAGAGGGCCAUACCCCUGCCACCCUGGGACAAAAUAGAAGGAAUGAAUGACUGGGAGAAUGAGAGCCAGCUUCAGAAGAUAAGGGAAGACUUUGUCUUAGAGAAUAUGCAAAACAUCAUGGACUAUUACAAUGAUGGAAAUGGAUCUCAUAUCUUUCAGGGACGUUUUGGCUGUAAACUUUGUGGUGGAGACUUCAUAAAGGGAUUUUGGAAGUGUCAAUAUGAUGGACGGGACUUCAUUGAGUUCAACACCACUGACAUACCGGCCUGGAUCCCCCUCGAUCCUGCAGCUGACAUGAUCAAGCAAAGGUGGGAGGCAGAUCCAGGUGCUGUGUACCGAGCCAAGGCCUAUCUAGAAGAACAGUGUGUUGGGACAUUGCGAAGAUACCUAGAACUUGGGAAGGCUUAUCUGCGCCAGCUAAUUCCCCCCAAGGUGAAUCUCAGUCAUUAUUCAGCCCUUGGAGGAAAUUUGACUUUGAAAUGCCUGGCCUAUGGCUUCUAUCCAGAAGAAAUUGAACUACAUUGGCUUCAGGAUGGAAAGAUCCAGAAGAAAGAAGUUGCAGAAACCCAGCCUAUUGGAGAUGGCACUUAUCAGGCCUGGAUAACUGCUGAAGUUCCUUUUCCAGAGAAAAAUACUUAUUCCUGUCAGGUGGUUCAUGAAAGCUUACCUGAGAGUCUUGUUGUGGCCUGGGGUGAGCAAUAAAAAAGUCAGAGAUUUACAGAUUCAGCUCCAUAGUUCCAUCAACCAGGAUGGGAAAGAAAAGCUUGAAAGACCUUCAUCACAACUACUCCCACCAUCACCACAUCUUCAUUCAACAGUUACCUGUGUUUAGGUGUCUGGCAAAGAGAAUUAAAUACACCCAGGUCCUCCUCCUUAAAACUUAUAAUAUGAGACAAACAACAUUAAGAUGAAGAAAUAAAGGUCAAUGUAUAACAAAA